AUGAGGAUCCCCCUUGCGAUAGAGCACACAACAUGCUCCCGUUGCGGUAAGAUGCUGCGGGAAGCUACUCUCAAAAAGUCUGUACACUGUGUUAAGUGUAACAGAUGGUAUCACAGAAUGUGUUUUAUGGCCGACACGGGUGUGGUCGAGGAAAAGGCACCAACAACCUAUAGCUGUGUUUGCUGUCUUUCGGGGACGAUAGAGGAGAAACUAGAGAAGCAUCCACAUCACAUGAACAAGUACGCGAAGGCAUUUCUUGAAGACGGUUUCUGUGUAGUUCCACUUGCUGAGAAAAGGAUAGAAUUGGAUAAUAUUAUUCAAGACCUCACCGCGUGGAAUGCUGACCUUCUACGCUACUUCAAUGGAUUGCUCAAGACGUACCAGUGCCAGGCAGAGAUGGGGGAUGCCGUUCCAACACUUGAAAGUGGGUACUCUAAUUUUCGCCAGCGGUGCCCGGGAAGGUUUGAAAUAAUUGCAGACUUCAUCAGCUCUAAAGUAGUUCCCCUGGUUGCCAAAUCACAAAUCGUUCAGCAAACGCUCGACACGCUCCUUUGCAAUGCACAUUUACGUAUUGAGAAGAAGGUGAUGUCAUCCGGUUGCUUUCUAUCGCUGAUGGGCAGUGAAACUCAAAACCCUCACACUGAUGGGCCUGGGCUUAGCAAUGUCGUGAACCUCUUUCCCUACGCAGUUAACGUAUUUGUACCCUUGAUUAGUGUCGACAGUCGUAACGGCACCGAGUUUUUUCCUGGGUCUCACAUUGUUGGGAAUGCGAGGCGCAGGAAACCAGUCUCCCCAGCCGUCGCUCUCGGCAACGCACUGCUAUUUGACUAUCGAGUUGUUCAUCGUGGGCUGCGCAACGCAAAAAUAGAUCCACGACCUUGUUACUAUGUUACUUUUUCACAAAGCUGGUACCAGGACAUAUACAACUUCAGUCGGAAACGUUACAAAAGGCAACUCGACGUGGAUCCCAGUUUGCUGGAGAGCAGAGAGGAGCGCAUGGCAAAAAAGCGCCGCUCUGGCGAUGGAGGAAGCAGCGUGUUGCAACUCACCUGA